AAGGGUACUAUCCCGUAACGUGGGUGAAGUUGAUGAGUUAGAGGUACUUGUAGAAACCGAAGGAAUGUUACUUUAUUGACUUCCAAUACGUCGUUCGUCAGAGGCUUAAGCAAGUAGCCUAUGGCACAGUGUUGUGACGGGCUUUGUGGAUUUGCGUAAAAGUGCCGCCGCGCGUCUUUUCAUCCCUGUGUUUUUGCUGACCGAAAGAAAAGUCCCAGGACAUCACUUGGGUGUUUGAACUGUUUUCACCUACACAGCAUCAUGGGCGAAAAGCAGGUGACGUUUCAGCUGAUGCUGGCCGUGGGGACGGCUGUCAUUGGCUCCCUACAGUUUGGCUACAACACCGGCGUCAUCAACGCCCCUCAGAAGAUCAUCGAGGGCUUCUACAAUGAAACUUACAAAGGACGAUACAAUGUGUACAUCACUAGCGGGGUGCUCACCACCCUCUGGUCCAUAUCCGUAGCCAUCUUCUCUGUCGGAGGCAUCAUCGGCUCCUUCUCCGUAGGACUGUUCGUCAACCGUCUGGGCAGGAAGAACUCCAUGCUGAUCGCCAACGUCCUGGCGUUUAUCUCAGCCGCCUUCAUGGGCUUCUCCAAGAUGGCCGCCUCCUGGGAGAUGUUGAUCAUCGGCCGCUUCGUCAUCGGCCUCUACUCCGGCCUCUCCACGGGCUUCGUGCCCAUGUACGUGGGCGAGAUCGCACCCACCGACUUGAGGGGGGCGCUGGGUACUUUGCAUCAACUCGGCGUGGUCGUGGGCAUCCUGGUAGCACAGAUCUUUGGUAUUGACUCCAUUUUGGGUAACGCCGACUUGUGGCCGCUCCUGUUGAGUUUCACCUUCAUCCCGGCCGUGCUGCAGUGUAUCCUGCUUCCCUUCUGCCCCGAGAGCCCACGGUUCCUGCUCAUCAACCAGAACGAGGAGGGCAAAGCCCAGGACGUGCUGAAGAAGCUGCGUGGUACGGACGACGUGAACACGGACAUGCAGGAGAUGCGCGAGGAGAGCAGGCAGAUGAUGAGGGAGAAGAAGGUGACCAUCCCCGAGCUCUUCAGGUCGCCCCUCUACCGCCAGCCCCUGCUCAUCGCCGUCAUGCUGCAGCUCUCACAGCAGCUCUCUGGCAUCAACGCCGUGUUCUACUACUCCACAGCCAUCUUUGAGAAGGCAGGAGUGUCACAGCCCGUCUACGCCACCAUCGGAGCAGGAGUGGUGAACACAGCAUUCACCGUCGUCUCGUUGUUUGUGGUGGAGCGUGCUGGUCGCCGGUCGCUGCAUCUGACAGGUCUGAUGGGAAUGGCCGUGGCUGCUGUUCUCAUGACCGUCGCCAUGGCUCUGCUGGAAACGUUGCCGUGGAUGUCGUACGUGAGCAUCGUGGCCAUCUUUGCCUUUGUGGCGUUCUUCGAGAUCGGGCCGGGGCCCAUCCCCUGGUUCAUCGUGGCCGAGCUCUUCAGCCAGGGGCCCAGGCCCUCCGCCAUCGCCGUCGCCGGCUUCUCCAACUGGACGGCCAACUUCAUCGUGGGCAUGGGCUUCCAGUAUGUGGCGGAUCUGUGUGGUCCGUACGUCUUCAUCAUCUUCACAGUGCUGCUUCUGGGCUUCUUCGUCUUCACCUACUUCAAGGUGCCCGAGACCAAGGGCAAAACCUUCGACGAGAUCGCCGCCGGCUUCCGACAAGGCUCCGGCACCGACAAGUACGCCGCCGACGACUUCAACACCCUGGGCGCCGACUCCCAGUUCUAGACGCCGCAGCGCACCAUACCACCACCAUCUGUCAUCG